UUUUCCAGGAAAACUUUUCAUGUGACAAGUGAGUGUGUUUACAGAAAGCUAGCUUGCUGUCUUGUAAUCCACAGCUUCUCUCCUUCAAAUUUUGUCGUAUAUGAUGAUAUUCUGAGAAACCAAAUACCAAAACUGCAACUUCUAGAAUUAUUCAAGUGAAAUCAAUGCUAUCUUUUCCCCAUUAAUUGCGGUGGUUGGAGUUGUAGCUCUUUCCUCUAUAUAUCCAAGUUACUUCACUACACAACUUUCUAUAUAGGGUUAAGGGGACCAUUUGAAGCUUCUGACCUUACAAACAAUCAAUGAGUUGGGGUUUUUGCUUUGAGCUUCAUGAUGGGGAAUUUCUGGGUUUCAUUCAUUUUCUUCCUUUCUGUUCUAAUUUUCCUUGAAUUUCCUUCAAUAUCCAUAGCUCAAUUAAGUACAGCAGAAAAUAGAAUCCUCUUCCAAGUUCAACAACAGCUUGAAUAUCCACAAGUUCUUCAAGGAUGGAAUAACUGGACUAGCUUCUGUUAUCUCCCUCCCUCUCCUUCUCUUGUUAUCAUCUGUUCAAACAAUCACAUAACUGAAUUAACUAUCAUUGGAAACAAAACCUCCCCUUCCAAGAUCCCAAAGCCCACUUCAGGUAAUUUUGUUCUUUCCCAGCAAACACUUUCUGGGAAAUUUUCUAUAGAUUCAUUCUUUACUGUUCUAACCAAGCUUUCAAAUUUGGAAAAACUAUCACUUGUAUCCUUAGGGUUAUGGGGUCCAUUACCAGCUAAAAUAAACAGGUUUGGGUCACUUGAAGUGCUAAAUAUUAGCUCAAACUUCAUCUAUGGGGAGAUUCCUCCAUCCAUCAACACUUUCAAGAAUCUGAAAAGUCUUGUUUUGGCUGAUAAUUUGUUCAAUGGGAGUGUCCCAGAUCUAAAGAGCUUACAAGUUCUUCAAGAGCUGGAUAUAAGUAACAAUAACAUAGGGCCCAAAUUUCCUUCAUUGGGUAUCAGUAUUGUGAAUAUCACCAUCAGAAACAAUUCUCUGAGAUCUGAUAUUUCUCCUGAGGUCAUUAAGUUUAAUCAGCUUCAAGUACUUGAUGUCUCCAUUAAUAAACUUGUUGGACCAAUACCCUCUUCUCUGUUUUCCUUACCAUCAAUUCAGUACCUCAAUCUGUCCAAAAACCAGUUCAGUGGAGCACUUUCAGCCAAUGUCUCUUGCGGUAACAAGCUUAUAUUCGUCGAUUUAUCGUAUAAUCUAUUGAUUGGAAAGUUACCUCCUUGCGUCGGAUCGAAUUCAAGGAAUCGGACAGUUCUUAGUUCAUGGAAUUGUCUGGCAAAUGGGACCUCAAAAUAUCAGCAACACCCAUAUUCAUUCUGUCAGAGAGAAGCAUUAGCUGUUAACCCUAGAACGACAGACCAAAAGCAAGAGUCCACCAUUAAACUUGGUAUUGUGCUUGGUAUCAUUGGAGGCAUUACAGGAAUUGCUGUAGUAUUUGGGCUAUUGAUCUUUAUCAUCUGCAGAAGAAGAGAAGCAAAUAAGGAUAAUAAUGAAUACAAAUGCGACAGCUUUGUUUUCGAAAAGGGUUCUGUUCGUGGCUCUCCAAUCACCGAUGGAAGGCACGUACUGCGGACAAUGAGGUUGACAUCACUCCUACCACCAUAUCAUGUUUUUACAUUGGAAGACAUGGAAGAUGCAACAAAUAAUUUCGACUCCUCGAAUUUGGUAGGGGAAGGAUCUCAGGGUCAGUUUUAUAAAGGCUGGCUUAGGGAUGGCUCAAUUGUGCUGGUGAAAUGUGUGAAAUUGAAACACAAACUUUCGUUUCAAAGCUUGCAGCAACACAUGGAAGUAAUAUCAAAGCUAAGACACAGGCAUUUGAUCAGUGUUCUUGGACACUGCAUUGUUACAUACCAGGACCAUCCCAACACAGCUAGCACUGUCUUCAUUGUUCUUGAACAUGUUGCAAAUGGGUCUUUGAGGGAUCAUCUUACAGAUUGGAGAAAGAGGGAAGUCCUUAAAUGGCCACAGAGAAUGGCCAUUACAAUGGGGAUUGCAAGGGGAAUCCAAUUUUUGCACACUGGGGUUGCGCCCGGCAUCUUUGGGAAUGAUUUGAAUAUUCAGAACAUAUUGUUAGACGAGACCCUCACUGCGAAAAUUGGUAGCUACAACAUAUUAUUGCCAUCUAAGGCAGGUUCAGAAACUCCUCUCAAUGGACACGAUGCAUCCAAUCAUCUUGGCAGGACUCAAAACCCGGAAAAAGAUGAUAUUUAUCAGCUUGGAGUGAUUCUACUAGAAGUAAUUACUGGUAAAACAGCAAACUCGGAAGCUGAAAUAGAUACAUUGAAGCUACAGCUUGAAGAAUCCUUAGCAGAAGCAACAUCUAAACUCCGAGAGGCAACAGAUCCCUCCAUCCGAGGAACUUAUGCUUAUGAAUCCUUAAAAACCGCAGUUCAAAUCACCAUCAAUUGUCUGUGCAAAGAUUCAAGCAAGUUUUCAUCGAUAGACGAUGUUCUUUGGCAUAUGCAGUAUUCACUUCAAGUUCAGGAAGGUUGGAAUAGCAGUGGAAACCUUAGCACAAAGCUUUCAGGAAGGUUGGCCUAG